CAGUCAGCCGUGCGCGUCCACGCCCCAGAUUGGGAGAUGUCGGUGCCGUCUCCGCGCGCCCAGUGGCGCAGAGGAAAGUAUUUUGUCUCCUAAAAGGAAUUCAACUAAAAGAUCAAAAUGUUUAGAUGAGCGGCCAUCCAUAAUCAAGCUCGGACAAUCAGCCGACCCUGAUUGGACUCUCUUCCUCUCAAACAAGUUGCUGCCUGCAGCUGCUGUGGGAGCUGGAGUCGCCAUGGAGACAGUGGUGAUCGUGGCAAUUGGGGUGUUGGCCACCAUUUUCCUGGCCUCCUUCGUCGCUCUUGUGGUGGUGUGCAGACAUCGCUACUGCCACCCUCACCACCUGCUGUACCCCUUCGACACCAACCGUGCCUCCUCUGGUUUCCCUGUUCUGUUUUACAGACCCACAGUGGAUCUGAUUGGAGCCAUGGAGACCCAGAGCGAGCAGUCGGAGCUGGAGCUGGACGAUGUGGUCAUCACCAACCCGCACAUCGAGGCCAUCCUGGAGAACGAGGACUGGAUAGAGGAUGCCUCUGGAUUGGUCUCUCAUUGUAUCUCAAUCCUAAAGAUUUGCCACACUUUGACUGAAAAGCUGGUUGCCAUGACAAUGGGUUCAGGGGCAAAGGUCAAGGCACCGGCAAGCUUGAGUGACAUCAUCAGUGUGGCCAAACGCAUCAGCCCGAGGGUGGACGACGUGGUCAGGUCCAUGUACCCACCUCUGGAUCCAAUCCUCCUGGACGCCAGGGCUACAGCUCUCCUUCUUUCAGUCAGCCACCUGGUGCUGGUCACCCGCAACGCCUGUCACAUGUCCGGCAGUAUGGACUGGAUCGACCAGUCACUCAACGCAGCAGAAGAUCACAUGGUGGUUUUGCGUGAGGCGGCACUGGCCUCUGAACCGGAUCGAUUCAUACUCGGACAUGAUGCACAAAGAGAACAGGCCAUUUAGACAUCUAAACAAGGGCAUGAAAAUAUGUCAAUUUGCGGCCGUACUCACUUGAUAUUGAACAGGCACAUAUUCCACCUGGUAGUGUUGAAAUGGCACGAUUCACAAACUCACCAUCAAACCCAAAUGAUUAAGGUUGCGCUGAUUGAUGCAGGGACUCCUCAUUUUUACAUUUCAACUUUAGAAAAAGCACCUUGGAAAUUGUUUCUUUAUCACAUCUUCACCAAAAACAGCAUAACAUUGUUGCCUUCACUCCAGCUACAUAAUGGCUGUAAAGACAUUAGGAUUCAGGUAGUUUUCAGUAUGUAACCCUUUUCUAGAGUUGGUCUGUUUUAGAUGCCUGCAAGUAAAAGGCCUUUGGAAAUGUCUUUCUCAAGUGCGCCAUCACCCAGCGGUGGGCCUAAAUCUAAUCUGGCACUGCACAGUCACAUGAAGGCUUAGUCAGCUAAUCCAUUCUGAGGAAAAUAACAUCCAGUUAGCCAGUGAACCCAAAGGGGCUCCUACUCAGUGGACCAAUGGAAGAACAACCUUACCUAUUUACAAUGUGUUGCGCACACAUGACUUGUGGUUACUCUAAAACGUCCCUCAGAUUGUCUUACCUAACUCAGAAAUCACCAGUUUAUGAGUUGUAAUCACACAACAGCAUCAGUUUUAGCCACAUCAGCAACACAGUAGGGGGGGUUUUUUCCACUCGAGAAAAGCCCAUUUGUCCCAUUGCUGCAUUGUAUUAGGAUUAAUUGAGGCUGAGAUGGAUGAAUAACCACCACUUUGGUGCACAUUGAAAUAUCUCAACAUCUACUCCCUGGAUUAGGAUACAAAUGUGGACAGAAUAGCAUGGUUCCCAGAGGAUGAAUCUUAAUUACUUUGUUGAUCCCAUGACCUUUUCUUUAGCGGCACAAGCAGGUCAACAUUUGUGGUUUUUGAGUAUCCAAACAACUUGGAUAGCUACAACAUUUGGAACAGACAUCCAUGUACCACAAACAAUUAACCAGAUACGUUUUAGUAGGCAAGCUGAUUUUAAAUACUUCCAGUAUUUGUUAUCAAAUACCUGAAAAGUAUUGAGAUUGCUAUCAGCCUGUACUUUGUCAUUAGCACGUGUAAGCAGCUAACACACAACUAUGGUAAACAUUACCGAUUUACAUCAGUUUGAUUUUGAGUAUGUUAGCAUGCUGAUGUUAGCAUUUAGCUUAGCCUCACAGAGCAGCUAAGAUGUAAAUGCUUGCAGACAACAGUGAGCCAAGAAACAUUUGUUUUUUUAAUUUUGACAACAAAAAGGUGGGGGGGGGGGGUUUUAUAAGAAUUCAAGCUAAACAUUCUAUUUAGAUUCAUACAGGAAAUGGGAUAUUACACCAAAGUACAUCAAAACAUUUUUAAUCACCAUCAGCUCAGUGUUACCAUUAUCAGAAAUAUUGCACUUUCACACACAAUAGAGAUGCCGUAUGUCUUUAUAGGUUUUUGUGUUAGGAGGGGUGUUGUGAACAGCGUGGUGAUUGAGGUGGAGCAGAAUUAGCGUGUUGUUUGGGGCCAGAGGGAUGUUAUUGGAGCAUGUCUACCUGCUCCCCCAUGCAUAGCUAAUACUGAAUCCCCAAGGAGUCCUAAUAAGGCAUUACCCACAGCAACAAUGAACACAUGGGCUUAAGCUAAAAUACAUAUGGCACAAACCUUUGUACACACAAGGCAGGCAGACAAAUGAACACAUCAGUAGCUCUUACAACUGUAUAAUGCACAUCAUAGGAGUCAAAUACACUGUUUUUAAGAUUGUAGUGACAAUCAGGAAGAGAAGCAGCAGCUGAAAAUCUUUCAACUGAAAUUAAGCAAAACUUUAGUUCCGAGAAUGCAGAGAUAUUUUGAUGGAAAGAUCUCAAUCGAGGAGGAAACCUUUUUAAAAGUAGUUAGCCUUUUAUUCUUUGUAUGUAUUCCUUUGUUUUCUUAUCCUUAUUCCACAGUUUGUUACUGAUGUCCUUCGCUCACACCCUCAUACAUUUUCUUUAUAUCUUUCAAUGAUUUGUACAGAUAAAGUUGACUUUAAUAGGAAAAGGUGUGUUGUUUUUUGCUCUGAACAAUAGCUACAGAGAAAUUCAUGUCUGAUAAAAAGUCUAAACACUCAUACUAGUUUGACAUAAAUAAAAGUUAAUUUCUUUCCUCUUUUUA